AUGAAGGUGAGAACGGCCGUGAAGUACGGGCCGGGCGGCACGGAAGACCAAAGUCUCCAGUGUUCCGCCUGCGGGAAGAAGUAUUCGCUGAAGCACAACUUGGUAAGACACGUGCGCUUCGAGUGCGGCGGCCAGCGAAGAUUUUCGUGCCACCUCUGCCCGAACAAGUAUACGCAGAACGUCAGUCUUCACAGACACCUGAUGCAUCAUCAUAAAAUCGACGUGCCAGUGAAGAGGAGAUACAACGCCCCUAGGAAGAUGUAUCUUGAGGUCCCGCUUCACCUGCCAGCAGUGCGGGCGCAGCUACACGAUGCUCUGCAAUCUACGCAGACACAUGAAGUGGGAGUGCGGCGGGAAACGGGAGUUCUCGUGCAACCACUGCAACUACAGUUUCACCCAGAAAACGAGCUUGCAACGGCACCUCUCGGCGGUAUGAUUUGGACGACCGGUCAGUUGGGUCCGCCUCGGAAGUCACGACACGCGAGCUACCUGAAGGACGAGGAUCUUACUCUCAAGUGUCCACAAUGCGGCCGGGGUUACAAGGUGAAGCCCAGCUUGUCGAAACACCUGAGAUACGAGUGCGGCGGUCGCCGGAAUUUUUGCUGCGACCUAUGCGGCCGCAGCUUUACGCAGAACGUCAGUCUACGCCGUCACCUGAUGCAAAACCACAACUUCUACCAGCCGCCGAAGAAGCAGUGUGUCCGGAAGAUUAUCAAUUGA